AUGGGGGGAAGUAGAAGGGGCAGCAGUGCGCGUGCUAAGGCACGAGUGGACGUGGGGGAGUGGGAGGAAGAAGGGGGGGCAGUGCGCGUGCUAAGGCACGAGUGGCGCGUGUUGAGAUUCAAUGAGAGCACGAGGCAGAGCGUGGCGCGUGUGGCUACAGUGGCUGUGGAUGUGACUGUAACAGGGGAGAAGAGAGAUGUAAUAACAGGAGGGAAGGGAGAGGGAGAGAGGAGGGGCGUUAUACUGCAGCGACAACAACCAGACUGCCUCGCGUUUGAAUACCUCAAGUCCAUGGCAGCUGUGGCCCUCACCAGUUGCCACCUGCACCACCCACAUCUUUCUGUCCCCCCUGCUGCAUCGCCUACGGCCUCUCCACCCCUGCGCGUGCUGUGCCUGGGGCUUGGGGGAGGCAGUCUGCCUCUCUUCCUCGCUCACGAACUGCCAUCCGCCCACAUAGACGCAGUGGAGAUCGAUCCAGCAGUGAUAGCAGCAGCCAGGCAGCACAUGGGCUUCCCAGCAUGGGCCGUGAGACCCAAGGCGGAUUCGCGUUCAGGAUUGGAAACACAGGCAGAGGCGCCAGUAGCGGAUCAAACGCCGUUGGUGAAGGGCCAAGGGGCUGCCGCUGCUGCAGCAGCAGAGCAGGUGGUAUGGCGCGACAUUUUUGGAAGGGUGGCAGUCUAUAACGAGGAUGCAGUGAGCUUCGUUGUGAGAGCUGCAGAGAGGAUUGGGAGAGGAGGUGGGGAGGCGCAGAAUGCAGCAGGAGGGGAACACGGGGGGAGGCUCAAUAAGGAGGCAGGUGUUGGGUCAGGAGAUGCAGGAGAUGGGGAGGAGCAACAGGAGCCGUACGAUCUGGUGCUGGUGGAUGUGUUUGACGGUUCAGAUGAAACCCCGCCGGAGCUGCUGGAUAGGGACGGCCCGUUCCUGAGAGCCUUGGCUCGGGUGGUUCAUCCGAAGCACGGCACACUGGUGAUGAACGUGCAUGCAGACGUGCCGUCGCCAUCCCUGUGGGAGCGAGUGACGGGUCGAUUCGGAGAUGGAUGGGCGGAUGAGAGCACGCAGAGGGGCAGGAGGAUUCAUGCCAUUUGUCGGGCCUACAGCUCCGCCCUGCUUCACCCAGCCGAGUCCCACAAUUCCUCCUCCCUUUCUAGCGGCAUCGCAUUCACAACAACCACCUCCUCUCAGGGGAAUAUGACGCUGGUAGUGCAGCGAGGGGUGGUGCUGGGGGGUAGUGGGGAUAGGCAAGCAGAGCUGGAAGGGCGGUUGAAGGAGGCAGCAGCAGUGGUGGAGGAGGGAGGGGCUGUGCCCUUUACAGUGGCACCCAGAGUUGUUCGAGGGCUCAAGGUCCUUCCUGUGGAGUGGAGGAGUUGA